AUCGAUCUCCUCUUAUCCUGUUGCUGGUCUCGGGGAUUUUUUCUUACCGGAGUCUUUUUCCAAAUAUCUUAUUGCUAUUUGCCUCCCUGUGUUAAUCAUUACCAGAACUUACCUCCAAAUACGUUCCAUCCUCGUUCGCUGACUCCGUCAUGGCUUCCGCGCGCGGUCCGCGAUGGCAGCAAUUCCUGCAAGAGUUGGUGAUGGUCGCUGGCACGUCGGCUUCGGCUUAUUUCCUUAUUCGCUACCUCCUCUCCCGCCUUGAUUUCGACCCCGAAAGCCAGAAGAAAGAAGAACAACGACGCAAGUCCGCCGCCAUUCUGCGCAAACUAGACGGAGGCGAAGAGUCCGAGGAAGAUGCGCCGCGCGGCGAAAGAAAGAAAGACCGCCGACCGAAGCGAGGCGACUUGGUUCUCAAUCAGUAUGAGCAGGCCAUUGCGAUGGAUGUGGUGGCUCCCGACGACAUCCCCGUCUCCUUCGAGGAUAUCGGUGGCUUGAGCGAGAUCAUCGAGGAACUCAAGGAGUCCGUGAUCUACCCCCUGACCAUGCCGCAUCUAUACCACUCCACCUCGUCGCUCCUCACAGCCCCCUCUGGUGUUUUGCUGUACGGCCCGCCUGGAUGCGGGAAGACCAUGCUGGCAAAGGCUCUUGCGCACGAGAGCGGGGCAUGCUUCAUCAACCUGCAUAUCUCGACCUUGACCGAAAAGUGGUAUGGCGAUUCAAACAAGCUUGUCAAUGCGGUCUUUUCGCUGGCCCGAAAGCUGCAGCCCUCCAUCGUUUUCAUUGACGAGAUCGACGCCGUGCUGGGAACCAGACGCAGCGGGGAACACGAGGCGAGCGGCAUGGUCAAAGCAGAGUUCAUGACUCACUGGGACGGUCUGACCUCUGCCAAUUCCUCCGGCGAGCCUCAGCGUGUGGUCGUGCUGGGUGCGACCAACCGGAUCCAGGAUAUCGACGAAGCCAUUCUCCGGCGAAUGCCCAAGAAAUUCCCGGUCGUUCUACCGCCGGCGCCGCAGCGUCUCCGGAUUUUGAGCCUGAUCCUCAAGGACACCAAGGUGGACCGAGAGAAUUUCGAUCUCCACUACCUGGUCAAAGCAAUGGCUGGCAUGUCGGGCAGUGACAUCAAGGAGGCUUGUCGUGAUGCGGCCAUGGUUCCGGUUCGGGAGCUCAUUCGACAGAAAAAGGCGGACGGUCAACAAAUGGCAUCCGUCAAUCCCAGCGAGGUCCGAGGUCUUCGAACUGAAGAUUUUUUCACUCGCGCUGGCGGCGUUCGAGUCAUCCCACCACCCAGCCAACUACAGGCACAAUCGAGCAAAGCUAGCUCCGAGAAGGAAUGGGUUUCGGAAUCAGAAGGCGCCUCCGAAGCGGACGCGCGACCGACUGCAGAGAUGAUUGAGCCUCCGGAGUGAUUGAUUCCCAUGUGCAAUGUAUAACCUGACACUCUCCUAUCUUGUCACUUCUACACUUCUAUCCGACACCUGAGAAUCGCCCGCGUCCUCCUCUUCCUCUCUUCUGCGCUCACCUUUCCAUUUACUGAGUAUAAUAACCGACAUCUCCCCACCAGUUUUUCUUCUUCUCUUUCAAGGUAUACGACUGGGUUCUAGUACGGCUACGAGAAAUGUUUUUGUCUAUAGAGCACCCGAUCUUGUUUUGUCUCACUGUAUUAUCAUUAGAUGGACUAUUCAAUGAAUGAUAUUACCUUCCGAUACGCCUAAAUCAAAUGUACAGUCGAUGAA